AUGGGUAUGGGUAGCCUAACCCUGCGGGAACGGGCUGAGGGGACUAGUAGCGGCAGUGGUACCUGUUGCAGUUGGCUGAGGGGACUGGGACUGGGAGGGGAAGAUGAGCAUAUUAACGUCGUUCAGCCUCACACCUCCGGUCCACCAUCUACCACCAAUUCCUCCCCCGCCGUCCUCCCAAUCAUCAUCCUCCCCGUCGCCCUCAUCAUCGUCGUCAUCUGCGUCAUGAUCUACUUCCGCAUCCGGCCGUUCCACAGGAGUAGCGAUUGCGUUGAUGACGAAUCGCAUGAGCUGUGA